AUGGCGGCGUUGGUCACCGCCGUGCUGUGCCUGACGACGAGCCGCGCGCAGGGGCAGCUGCAGGUGGGUUUUUACAGCACCACCUGCCCCAACGCCGAGGCCAUCGUCCGGCAGGCCGUCAUGGCGGCCUUCGCCAACGACCCCGGCGUUGCCGCCGAGCUCAUUCGGCUCCACUUCCACGACUGUUUCGUCGAGCGGCGGCCAGACGGAGGGCGAUGCACCGCCGAACAACCCCAGCCUCCAUGGCUUCCAGGUUGUCGAUGCGGCCAGAGCCGCCCUAGAACAGAGCUGCCCACGCACCGUGUCAUGCACCGAUAUCCUAGCGUUCGCCGCCCGGGACAGUGUCAACCUCACCGGGUCCCCGCGGGCCGCCACGACGGGAGCAUCUCGACUAACGACAGCGCGUUUGGCCUCCCUAGUCCAAACUUGACCGCGGAUGGGCUCAUACAAAGUUUCAAAAACAAGAGCCUGACUGCUGAAGAGAUGGUGAUACCAUCCGGCGCCCACACAUUGGACCGCUCGCACUGUGACUUCUUCAUUUUCAAGAACCACGAGAGGCUGAUGAGCGGCACCAUCAGCCCGACAUACCAAGCGUUGUUGGAGGCACUGUGCCCGACGAACGCGGUCCAGGUCACAAAUGUGACGACGAUGAUCGACCUCAACACGCCAACGGUACUGGACAAUAACUAUGAGUGCCUCGACCGCAAUGCCACGCUCAAGGCCUCCGACGCCUCCGUCGCCAACGAGAUGCUCCGGAAGGAGAAGUUCAUUGCCGCCAUGAUUAAGAUGGGCAAGAUCGAGCCCAAGACCGGCACGCAGGGGGAGAUCCGCCUCAAUUGCAGCUUCAUCAAUCCGCCGUCAUCAUCGUUUGCCUCCGCAAGGGCGGUCGAAAUGCUUCACCCGAGCUCCAACAACAAUGCCCCCCGCUGGCGACGAGAUCAGCACGGCCUGAUGCAUAUUAUGUACCGUGUACGAGUAGUGAGUAUGUACACGCACUCACGUUCAUACCCUCAUACGUUAGAACGUGUGUAA